AAGAAACAUAACCUAUAAAAGUUGUAUACAUUGCAUUAUUCUCUGAUUAUAUUUUGAUUAAUCAUUUUUAUAUAACAUUAGUAAAUAAAUUAAUAAAAUGUUUACUUCUUCUUUUGAUAAACAUAGUUAUGUGAAAUAUUGUCAAUGGAAAUCAACGGAUUAUCUCCCUUCUGAUAAAAAACUCGCAGAAGUUGAAUCAAUAUUCAAGAAACAACUUUCAGAUAGCUUAGACAAUUACCGAAGAUGUAGAUUAGAAAACUUAUUCUUUGAGUGUGUAUUAAACAUUUCAAAUAUACAGUUUGAAAUCCACAACAAAUUAUUAAAAUAUAAACGUGAACAGUUUAUAAAAACAAUAUUAAAUAAGAAUAUCAACCAAAUUUCAGAGCGCUUAUUAAAUAAAGUAUCUCAAAUUUUAUUAGUUAAAACCGGAAGUGAUUUAAAACCGAUUUUUAUUGAGCCAAAAUUUGGUUUGGGAACUGAUUGUCUUUCAUCCCAUGAAAUAACGUCGUUUAAACAAUUAUUUUUAAGUAUUGAAAUGCAAAAUAACACCACAACAACAUCGUUAAGGAACGAAACGAUCGAUUCAAUUUGGAUUUGUUGUUUAUUUAAAACAGUUUUGGAAAUUCUCAUUGAAACUGAUUAUGGAAAACAAAUUGUUGUAGAAGAAGUUAAAUCAAUUAUAUUAAGUCCUGAUGAAAAUUUAAAACAGGAUAAUCAUAUAAAAGAUGAAUUGCAGAACAAAGAUAAUAAAAUAACUAAAAAUGUUUAUAAACAGUAUAUUUAUUUUGCGGAGCAUCAAGGAUUCCAACCAGUUUUAGAUUUAAGUUGUUCAUUAAAUGGAGAUGAAAUAAUUCUUGGGGUUAAUUUGCCGAAAAAGCCGAAUGUUUCAAAUAUUCUUGGUUUGGAGGUUUAUGCCCUUGAUGGAAGCGUAUUUACGGUGGAUUUAAGUAAUUGGUCGAGAUUGUAUAUGAAAGAUAUUAAUAAAGAUACCGAGUUUCCAAUUGUAAUAUAUUUAAGGGAGUUUCCAAAAUUAGUUAGGUUACAUUUUUUGGUUCGAUUUCUUUUGUGCUAUAAAGGGGAAACGAUGGAAGGUCCUCUGAGUAAUACUGUUAGUUGCACUUUAAAAUGAUUAUUAAAUAAAUAAAAAGAAAAAUG